AUGUCUCUAGACUUCUAUAGUAUUCGAACGACGUUGGUCCGUGAUGGUGCGAUUGGAAAUCUGUUUCAACCAUUCUAUUCAUCCAUGGAUGAUCUGAAGCAUUCUCGGGGUCAGAACAUCAUAAAUCUUCAUCCAAGUCCGAAAAUGGCAUCGAAAAUCAUCUAUUGGGUUGUUUGGUUAACAUUCAUUGUUCACAGUGCAUUUCUGGCACCAGCUGACAAUCCGGCAACCAAGCCCACGAGUCGCUAUGUGAAACAGCUGAUGUUUGGCCCGUACCAUGACAUUGAUGCAUAUGUUAUCUCUCUGUUCUAUGUGAUGGGUACAGCGUUCAUCAAUCGAUUGGCCUAG